AAAAAAACACCAGUUUAACAGCUGAAACAAGAUAAUCUUUUAUUCAUUGUAUAGAAAUGAAGUGAAAAAUGCUUUUGCUAUUCUGUUUGAGUGGCCUUAUAUGGAAAACAGCACAUCUAAAAGUAGUCCAACAAGAAAUGAUAAAUGACUUUGGCAAGCGUGUGACUCUGAUUUGCACAAACCUUACUUGGCAUCAACUUUUAAUGGAAAAAUGGACCAUUUCAAAUAUGAAUGAAGAAAAGUGUUACAUUAAUGUGACUCAUAAAGGAAGAAUGUCAAAUAACUGUACUACCAUAAGAAUAAAUACCUCAAAAUUGACUCCAUAUCUUUAUAUACCUUCUUUCCAACCAAAUGAUGUAGGAAGUUAUUCAUGUGAAACACAUUACAGUGGUGGAAAGGCUGCGAUACAGUACUAUUUAUGGGGCAUUUACCAUGUAAACAAAGAGUUUGGAAAAAAUGUUUCUCUCAAUUGCUCACAUCAUAAAUCUGGUGAAAUUAUUUCUGAAAAUUGGAACAUAAGAACUAAGAAUUACACAGAAUGUGUUAUUUCUAGGAUAAGAAAUCACACACUAAAUAAUACUUGCAAUGAAACAAAAGAAAUUGUUCUGUAUUUUAAACAAGACCUGUCACAUCUUCAAAUAACCAAUUUUCAAGACAAAAAUGAAGGAAAUUACACAUGUGAAAGAAGACAUCAAGCUGGACUGUACAAAGCUGUUUUCAUUUUAAAUGGGCCCUCUGGAAAAUCCAUAUUGAAAAUUCUAACAAUUGCUGGUUUUCUUGCCAUCAUUGUAAUUGGACUGGUUCUGCUCAGGCAUCCCAAGACUUUGAACCGUGGUCUACAUAAGGAAAGCAAGAAAAAAGAAAAAAAAUAACAACAACAACAGACAAAAAAAAAACCUGUAGAUUCUUCAGCAGCAUGUUACAAGCAAAGAGUCACACUGACUGAAACCAGGAAGAGGUUGUGUGCAAUGCUACUAUAGAGCGUUAUGAAUGUCAAAUUAUUAUUUAAGGUUUGAUCAACAGACAUUCAGAACCCAAGGUCUUCAGUAAAGACAUUGUGGAGUAUAUUUAGUACAUUUUUUAUCUUUUGUUAAGUAUAUUUAAUAUUAAAGAUUUUUUGUUUCCCCUCCCAUUUAGAACAUAUAGUCCUUGGCUUCUUUGAGUUUCAGGGAUAGCUCUACUCUGAGAGUUUAAGCCAGGCCUUUCUGCAGCUUUCCAUCAUAUUCAAAGAAAGAAAGAACUUUGGUUUACUGCGCUGAUAUAAGUGGCUUAGAGCAGAAACUUGGCAGAGAUUUAAAUUGUGAAAACUGCAAAUUAUUUACAGACUCAUUUGAUAGAAGCCUAAAAGGAGUGACUCCAUUGUUUUCUCAGUGAGUGGGAUAACAGAGUCAAGAAUUUAUAUUGGGUUCAGAAAUAAUGGCGAGCUAGAAAAAAACUACAUAUUGGUAUGAAGAAAAUAUCAUUAGACCUAGCUUGGUGGAUCUAGAUAAAGUACAGCUACCACCAUUUCAUAUCAAGCUUACUUUAAAGAAGCAGUUUGUCAAAGCUCCAUCAAAAGAUACAGCCAGUUUUAUAUGUUUGUGCGGAGAAUUUCUGGUUCAUCUUAAACUAAAUUAAAAGAGGGCAUUUUUGCUUGACCUGAUAUUAGAAAACUGAUUUUUGAUGUAGAAUUUGAUCAUGUGUUGAACAACCUGGAGCAAGAGGAUUGGGUAUCAUUCAAAGAAGCAAUUUUUAAUGAUUUUAUGCAACAAUAAAGAUUUAUGUUAUAAAGAACUGUGAAAUUGUGAAAAAUGCAUUAGUUAAAUUUAAGGAAUUGGGUUGCAAUAUGAGACUCAAUGUUAAUUUUUUGGAUUAGUAUUUCGAAUUUUUCCCAGAAAAGUUUGAAACAGUGAGUAAAGAUCAGGUUGAAAGAUUCCUUCAGACUGUAAAGGAGAUGGUAAGAAGGUACCAGAGACACUGGGAUGUCAGCAUGAUGAUGGACUACUGCUGGAUGAUUCAUAGGGACAUACCAGAAAAAUUGACGAAUGAUGGGCCAACAAAGUUUAGGAUCAAAAAAACUAAGAAGUGACAAAA